GACACAAAACCAGCUGGGAGAGUUUGGGCCAUUUAUUAUCUCUCCUCCCUAGGAAGAAGAAGGCAAGGACAAACAAUCUGAAAAUCUUGCCAAGAAAACUAAAUUGCCAUAUAAAUUACCAGCAGUCAAGUUUAAUUUGAAAGACUUUCUUUCAUGGGCCAUGUAGGCCACCCCUAAUAUGUCAGUUCAUUAUAUUUAUGAAAAAUCUAUAUUGGCUUUAAAUAUCGAUGAUUACCAAUAAUAAGAAAGUUGCAAUAAUUACUGAGAAAAAUGGCAUUACGAGAUCUUGGUAGCUUAGUGUUGAAAGAGAAAGCACUGAAUGGCAUAGGCAACCUCAUGCUGUCUUUAGACUUCAGCUGCCACCAGCCCCAGCUGAUAUAAGCAACGGUGAGGAUUGUAAGUGUUGCUGUCCCGAAAUAUCUGGAAGUCACCUCGUGUUGAUUAUUUUUAGCACAAAGAUUACACUGUAGUCUCCCCCCCCCUCACGUUACGUGAUGGAUGAACUCACUGGACUCAAUAUUUCAAAAAUAGUUGGUAUAAACUCUUACUGCACCAAAAGUCGCUGAGAAGUAAUUUCAGCCAUGUUUGAUGUCCAAAACCUUUUAAUGUUUUUGGACACUGCUUAUGACAAUGUGUCACUGUUUAUUCACAUUUCCUUUUCUUUACUGUUCUGCCUUCCCUGAUAGACUUCAUUUACUCUAAGUUAUGUCAAAAUAACUUAAACAGUGCUGCAUGCAGGAAGACCAAAACCAGCGUCCUUGGGCCAGACUGAUGUGCAGAAGGAAAUCUAUGAACAGGACACAAGAGCAACAGUAAUUUUCUAUUUCUGUUCCUCAGCAAUAGCAUUAGGAGAAAUCCAUCAACCAGAGACAAGUAUAAAAGUGUGACUUGGGAAUGGAGACAAUCACAUCCUACACCCAACUUCCAUCAGCUUCUGCAUUCAAGACUACAGAUGUUCUACAUGCCCCAGUUUCUGACACCAAAUACUAAAAUGGUUGAAUACCGUGGCAGUGAAUUGACGUGAUGAACAGUGAAUUGACGUGAUGGUCAUCUGUGGCAGAGUCCUUUAAAACAUACACACACACACACACAUUGGAUUUCUAAUCUAACAGGAGUCAGAAAUCUUUGGUGAUCUGCUGCAAAUUGCUUAAAAAUUUACCAAUAGAGCUUGAUCUACCUCUUGGCUAUCUAAUUCUAGAUGUUCAGAAACAACUGCCAUCCAUCAUGUUCUGGGAUUAGAACCUGUUGCUCUUCAGGAGGUUUUUCCAUCAUGUUUGGAAAGAAAAAGAAAAAGAUUGAAAUUUCUGGCCCUUCCAAUUUUGAACACAGGGUACACACUGGAUUUGAUCACAGAGAACAAAAAUUCACCGGACUACCUCAACAAUGGCAUAGUUUGCUGGCAGACACAGCAAAUAGGCCAAAGCCUAUGGUGGAUCCUUCAUGCAUUACACCCAUCCAGCUUGCACCUAUGAAGACCAUCGUUAGAGGAAAUAAACCUUGCAAGGAUGCUUCAAUCAACGGCUUGCUAGAAGAAUUUGACAAUAUCUCCGUGACCCGUUCCAACUCACUUCGGAAGGAGAGUCCUCCCACGCCUCACCUGAGAUCCUCCAACCAUAUAGAAAUCCACCAGCAAGAAAAUGGCUUUGUCACCUAUUCCCAGUAUUCCAGCGAAUCAGAAACAGGGACCGAUUUCUUUGUUGAAAGGUACAGAGACAGAUGCCUUCGCGGGGAGGAAGUGGAAAGAUACUCCCAAGGGAGCUGUGCUGCAAAGCAAAAUGGACACCUGGCCAAGCUGAAACCCAGUGAGAUGUAUUUUUCUGAAGCCAAGCCUUUAAAGUCUGACUCUAGGUUCUUACCAGAUUAUCACACUUCCUUGGAAACAAAAAGUAAACUGAAUGAGUAUGGUGACCUGAAGCUGGAAUAUCAGAGGGCACCUAGUCACUCUUCUCUGGAUUAUAAAGAGCCUUUUCAAUAUGCUUUCUCUAGAACUUCUCUUCACAGUCAAUACUCCAGAGAAGGACUAGAAUACAGUGACAGUGAGUGGUCCAAGGAUGAUUACGACAAAAGACCAAAAUCAUCCUACGUGAACCAGGCAAGUCCUCAACCAGCCAUGAGGCAAAGGUCAAGAUCAGGGUCUGGCCUUCAAGAGCCAAUCAUGCCCUAUGGAGCAAGUGCUUUUAAGUCCAAUCAGCAAGGGUAUUCAUAUAGUUCCUACACCUACCCGCGAUUGUCGGAAACAGCAGCAGGCAUUCCAAAGGUUGUCAUCAUGAGAGACUAUCACCAUGAAAACGUGGUCGACAUGUACAACAGUUACCUGGUGGGAGACGAGCUCUGGGUGGUGAUGGAGUUUCUGGAAGGCGGUGCUUUGACAGAUAUAGUGACUCACACAGGAAUGAAUGAAGAACAGAUUGCUACUGUUUGCCUGUCUGUCCUAAGAGCAUUGUCCUACCUUCACAAUCAAGGAGUUAUUCACAGGGAUAUAAAGAGUGACUCUAUACUUCUCACUAGUGAUGGGCGAAUAAAGCUGUCGGACUUCGGAUUCUGUGCCCAAGUUUCAAAAGAUGUUCCAAAAAGAAAAUCACUUGUCGGAACCCCAUACUGGAUGGCCCCUGAAGUUAUUUCAAGAUUACCAUAUGGAACCGAGGUGGACAUCUGGUCUCUUGGCAUCAUGGUAAUAGAAAUGAUAGAUGGGGAGCCGCCUUAUUUCAAUGAGCCACCACUCCAGGCCAUGCGUAGAAUCCGAGACAAUGUACCACCAAGAGUGAAGGACCUACACAAGGUUUCAUCAGUUCUCCGUGGAUUUUUAGACUUGAUGCUGGUGAGGGAACCUUCACAGAGAGGAUCAGCACAAGAACUCCUGAGGCACCCAUUUCUGAAAAUGGCUGGGCCUCCAUCUUGCAUAGUGCCUCUCAUGAGGCAAUAUCGACACCACUAAAUGCGGCUGCUUUUGUUUAUUCGUUUAUUUGUUUUCCAGGAAACAAGUGAAGCAAUGAGGUUGGGUGCUGCCAAAUGAGCAGCAAGCAGUAGGGAUCCAGUGAGAAAUAUGCCACUGUUGGCAUGGCUCAGCACACCGUGAAGGAGUCACAGUGAAGAUGUAACUUGGCUAAUUCCUGACAAUGUCGACAGUUAGUACUCCUGGGUGAAAUGCACCACGGUGGGAUUUUUUUUUUUUUUGGCCUGAGUCAAGAGGAUUUGAUUUUAAACCAUCCGGUUUGGGGUGAAGCAGGGGGAAACUUCCAGCGUUACCCCACUAGAAGGCCAAACUUUUAUUGCAGAUCAAAGGAGAAUCUUCUGCUUCAAAAGAGACACUUUUUUUCUGAAUUUCAAAACAAAACGAAAAACAACCCAAGAAGCACUUUUUAUCUCGGUUAUAGCAGUGUGAUGUAUUUUGAAAUGAAUUUGUAAUUUUCUGUACAUUGCUUUUGAUAAUUUAUGUACUUUGGUGUCACAGUUGCUAGUGGAGGUGAUCGGUAUUACUUAGCAAGUAUUAGAGCGAGAGCUUUCCUACUUUUUUAUCUCUUUUGAAGAGAAACAAACUUACAUGCACAUGCACACACGUGCAGCUCGGAAUGUUGAUUAGAUUUGCUUAUCUGUACCAAGCAAACAUGGCUUCAUUUUGCAAAUGUUCAAAUUGCUGGCCAAUGCUGUAUUCAUUUCUCCAUUCACCCACAAAAAUGUCAGGAUUUCAGUGUUGUUUUGAAGCGAUAAGCACCUGGAAAAAUCUAUUCAUGCUCAUGGAAAAGGUUGUGUCACGAUUCUGUAUUCACUGGAUGAAAGUAUCACGUCUUUUGUGGUGGUAAGCAUAUGAUCGGUUAAGAACAACAGAGGAGAAAGCGGCAGAUCGAGAAGAAAUUUGGCUGGCCACCAAUAACCAUGGCAUUUCUGGCUAUGUACAUUGAGCUUGAAAUUACCCCACGCUGAAACAAGUCAGUGAAAGAUGACUUGUCAGUCAUAUUCACACUUGUUAAGCUUGCUGGCAUUAACUUUUGUUAGUUUCUUUGUGAAUUAGUUAUUAGUUAUGUGACACGAACCCACUUGAUUAGAUUAUGGAUGCAUAUACCGUGUAGGCUUAAAAAGGGGUUUUUAAUGAACCAAAUUACGUGUGUCAUGUUAGUGCAGCCUUUACUGUCUCAUAGAGACCUAACUGGAUCAAAACAUAUAGGACUUGUAUUCCAGCAAUGGGUUCAGCCAGAGCUAACAUUGGAUGAUGCCAGAUCGAAAAUGAGACCAGUUUGCAAAUCAGACCACUGUCUGUGUGGUGCUAGAUUGGGUUGCUUACUCCAUAUGACUUCAGCUGAGUGGUUAUGCUUCCAUCUGAAUUCCAGCAGCCCUUCCUUGUCCUCUGUUUAUAAGUUACCACCAUGAUUCACCAUGUAUAUGAAUGUCCAUCCCGGAGCUGGGGCAGAGCACUAAGAGCAUUAUCCCUGCUGUCCGCAAACAGUGGCUUGUGCCAUCCGUGACCCGU